AUGGUCGACAUCACCGCUGCAAACGGGCACGAUUCCCUCGACGAGAAGCUGGGCCGGUUGACUAAGAAGCCCGGCGUCAAGGCGAGCAUCGUCCUGGACCGCGCCAGCGGCGCCGUACUCAAGACGAGCGGCGACGUGUCUGCCUUGAGAACGGCCAAGUCUCGCGAUGCCGCCACGGCCGCGUCCUUCUCCAACGAGGCCCCUCUGGCGGAGGCGAGCGAGGCCAAGGGCGUCGAGGACUUUGCUGCCAUGAUCUGGAACUUUGUCAACAACUCGGGACAGCUGGUGCAGGAAGUAGACACAGAUGACGAGCUCAGGUUGCUGCGAUUACGAACUAAGAAACAGGAGAUUGUCAUUGUCCCUGACGCGAAAUACCUCCUCACCGUGGUCCACGAUACACCACCCGCGUGA